GAAAAUAUAUGGAUUCCUCGUGUAGAUGGGGGUUCUCCCAAUUACUAUUUUGUGGGUGUGUGCGACCGAUCAUGAGAAAGAUCAGAAAUCAACGACCCCAUCGCCCAUUUUCCCCAAAUUCCCAAGAAUGAAGCACGUGGGUCUAAGAUUAUACGCGAAAUUCUUGAUCUUACAUCAAAUUGUUGGCUUCGGUUCAUAUUACCAUGACAAAGAAACUUAAAAAUGUCAAACGAAAAGGCCAUUCUCACUCUCCUGCAAGGCUGCAACAGCCUCAACAAGCUUCGGAAAAUCCACGCCCAUGUAAUCCUAAGCGGCCUCCGCCAUCACGCCGCCAUUGGAAACAAGCUUUUGAACUUCUGCGCCAUUUCGGUUUCAGGUUCCCUUCCUUAUGCUCGGCUUCUCUUCCGCCACAUGGACUGCCCACAAACCGAAGCCUGGAACUCCAUCAUCAGAGGCUUCGCGCAGAGCGCAUCUCCCAUUGAAGCCGUUGUUUAUUAUAACCAAAUGGUUUGGGCUUCGCUCUCCCCCCCUGACACUUUCACUUUCUCAUUUGUGCUCAAAGCUUGUGAAAGGCUCAAGGCAGAGCGCAAGUGCAGAGAAGUUCAUGGUUCUGUAAUCCGCUGGGGCUAUGAUGGGGAUGUUAUUAUCUGCACCAAUCUUAUGAAAUGUUAUGCGGCAAUGGGGUUUAUUUGUGUUGCCCAACAGGUGUUCGACAAAAUGCCUACAAGAGACUUAGUGGCUUGGAAUGCUAUGAUUUCUUGCUAUUCUCAACAGGGUUUGCACCAGGAGGCAUUAGAGACAUACAAUCAGAUGAGAAGUGGAAAUGUGGAUGUAGAUGGGUUUACACUUGUUGGGUUGCUUUCGUCGUGCGCCCAUCUUGGAGCAUUGAAUAUUGGGGUUCAGAUGCAUAGAUUUGCUCGUGAAAAGGGUCUUGUGGAGAGUCUUUAUGUUGGAAAUGCCUUGAUUGAUAUGUAUGCUAAAUGUGGUAGUUUGGAUCAAGCCAUUCUUAUCUUUGAUAGAAUGCAGAGGAAGGAUGUUUUCACUUGGAACUCGAUGAUUGUUGGGUAUGGAGUGCACGGUCGAGGGACUGAAGCUAUAUUUUGCUUCCAACAGAUGCUAGAGGCAAGAAUUCAACCAAGUUCUGUCACAUUUCUGGGUUUACUUUGCGGAUGUAGUCAUCAAGGCUUAGUUCAAGAAGGCGUUAAAUUCUUCAAUUUGAUGAGCUCCAAGUUUAGGCUAAGACCUGAGGUUAAACACUAUGGAUGCCUUGUGGAUUUAUAUGGUCGAGCUGGGAAGCUCGAAAAGGCACUUGAGAUUAUAUUGAAUUCAUCGCAGAAUGAUCCGGUGCUGUGGCGUAUCUUACUUGGCUCCUGUAAAAUUCAUAAAAAUGUGGGAAUAGGAGAAAUUGCCAUGAACAAUCUCUCUCAGCUUGGUGCUACAAAUGCAGGAGAUUGUAUAUUGCUGGCUACAAUCUAUGCUGGAGUGAAGAAUACAAGCGGUGUUGUAAGAAUGAGGAAAAUGAUUAGGAGCCAAGGGAUAAAGACUACCCCGGGUUGGAGUUGGAUUGAAAUUGGGGAACAAGUUCAUAAAUUUGUGGUUGAUGACAAGUCCCAUCGUUAUUACAUUGAAGUUUAUGAGAAGUUGAAGGAAGUUAUUCAUCAAGCUUCCUUGUUUGGAUAUAUAGGAGAUGGGUAUUUUUCUACAACCGACGUGUUUUCCACCUCAGAGAUUCUGGAGACUUCUUGUUCAUAUCAUAGUGAGAAACUUGCAAUUGCAUUUGGAUUGGCAAGAACUGCAGAUGGGACACAGAUCCGAAUUGUUAAAAACCUUAGAGUUUGCAGAGACUGUCAUUCGUUCGUAAAAGCUGUCUCGUUGGCAUUCAACCGAGAAAUAAUUGUUAGAGACCGGGUUCGGUUCCACCAUUUCAAGGGUGGUCAAUGUUCCUGCAAUGACUACUGGUGAAAAGUGAAAAAUGUACUUUCACUUCUGCCCCAUUCAAGUAUGCAAGAGCCUCCUCUUGUUGUAAUGGAGUUUUGGCUCUUUUUCUCUCUUAUAUUAAGUAUAGCAAAGUCGCCUAACAGUCAUGAAAGGAGAAAACUGAGCUUGAAGUUAUUACGGUCUUAUUUGAUGUAACUUCCGACCUAUUGCAGCAUGAUGAGCUUAUGUAAAUAGUUAGACAAAUGAUAUGGGCUUCUCAAUAACCAUGAAGACCACAUCACAAGCAUAAACUUAUCGCAAGGAGGAUACUUUUCAGGUUGAUAUGAAAUUUCUGGCCUUUUUUUCCUUGGAGAAACCAAGUUUUCAUUGAGCAAAAGGAGGAAAAGGAACAAAAGUACAAGCCGAAGGGUGUACAAAAACAGCCCAAAACCAGAGGAGUCCGCACUGAACUAUAUAAAAAGGGGUUUCGAUUCAAAAUAAUGAGACUUAAUGGAUAAUUACAAAAGUCCUUAGAGCCUGACGCUGAUGUGGAGGCAUUAGACCUCGCCAACAAUCACACCUCCUCCCAAGAUCUCUCCAUAUCUCUAAAAUUCCUAUGUUUCCUCACUAACCAAAGACCUCAAACGACCACAAAGAAACCAACUUGCCACAAAAUCCUGCCUUGUCCCAGACCGGCAGGAACACUUGGAUUUCCUCCACCACGGACAUGCACUACAUGCUUUAUCUAUAAUUCUAGACGACUACAUCUUUGAGGCAUGGUUAAGUCUAGGAAAUUGCUCUGAUACGACCCAUUAGAAUAACAAGUCUUUACUUUGGACCUAAGUUCACGUAGUUUUGAUUUUGGGUUCUACCGAAAGACUAGAUCUCAUCCCUGGCAUGUUUUACGUUAACCAUUAUCUUUUCUGAUGUUUACCAAUCUCUGAACAUUUUCUCACUUUCAGAACUUCUUUCUGGGAUAGCUCACUCGUAAUUGUGUUUUCCAUAUCAGGGGUCAGGCAAAUAAAUAUACUUCAGGAUAACUUAACUGAUCCCGAUGAAGACCGUAGAUGCAGUAUAUAUGAUCCAGAAGUAUAGAGUGUGAAAAACAGAUAAAGACGAGUAGUUCAAUUAAGGCAACUCUAUUGUACUCUUUAUACACAAUUAGGAAUGAAGGAGGCAGAUCAGAAAAGGAAGAAGGGGACAAUUAUCCCCUUGGUUUAAAUAUUCCUUCUCAUCCAAAAUUUUAGAAUUCAAUGAUUAUACCUGUUGUGAGUAAAAUUACGUACACCCAAAUUGGCUAGGAAAAUAAUUUGAUCGGCAGUGGAAGACUCGAAAGGGGAAUGCCAUUGGUGAUUUAUCCAACCCAGCAUAUAAGCAACGGUCGUUGGAAACAAAAACCUCUUAAGAAUAGUUGCGCCUCAACUUGGCUAGUUUAGAGGAAAAGUCGAGUCACCUCGGCCGAGGCACUUGCCCUAGCUAAGUCGAGCUGACAUAAGUGAGACCCUCAAUUGUCGAGCCAAGGUGAUCCAUCACCACCGAGUCGACCUUAUGCCAUGUUGCCAUUGUAUAAAUAGAAGGAGAGAUCUUACCUCUGAGAUAUGUUACAUAACCCUACUUCUGACUAUACUCAACUAAACUUUAGGCGCUAGCACACGUCCUUUAUGUGCAAAUGAUCAUUUGGAACUCUUAUUCAUUGAAUUAGCUCAUUUGUGACUUGUAGACUUGUACCAAAUUUGGAUAUCUAUUGCAAUUUUUAUCUUAAAAUUUAA